AAGCCUGGGGACUGGAUUGAGGGAGUCGGAGGCGCAAAGGCUGGACAUUUUGUCUUGCCUGAGGUCACCACAUUGCUCCUGGUGGGCCCUAGAGGUUCUGGCAAGAGCACACUUGUAAACCGAAUUACUAGGGUCUUUGACAAGGAUGAUGAUCCUUUUGCACCAGAUCGAGCACAGGUGUCAUGCAAUUCAAAAUCAAAUGGUACAAUGUUUCUUCGCGAGUAUCCAAUUCCAAGGAAUUCAAGUGUCGUAUGUAUUUACGAUACACGUGGCUGGUCAAACAACCUAGAGAAAAAUUUCAAAAUGCUGCAUCAGUGGAUGACAAAAGGAAUAAGCCAUGGGGAGACAACAAUGUGGGAUGAUGAUGAAGGCAAUAAGAUAGGGAACAUGAAACCAUUGGGGCGGCAAUACAGUUUUCUUCGUUACAAAAUCCGGAAGGUCAAUUUCGUGAUAUUUGUUGUUGAUGGUGUUGCUGUCCUCGAGUCAAUGGAUGACAGCAAUAAAGGAUACACUGAGAUACUUCGUCAAACUUUUAUGUAUCCGUUCUUGUCGAUUGGAGAUGAUAAACCUGUUGUUGUUGUCACACAUGGUGAUAGACUGUUGAUACAGCAACGUGUUCACGUUCAAGCUGAGUUAGCAGAGCUACUAGAUAUUCCUGCCCAGCAAAUUUAUGAUAUACCAGGAUCCAAUGAUGACCAAACUGAUAUGGUUGUACUGGAUAUGCUACAUUACUGUGUCCAACAUGCAGAGCAGAACCUCCCUGUUAAGUUAAACUACCAUUUGGAGGUGCUUGGGCGUGAAACUCUCAAUAAAAUGGCAGAGCAAUUGAUGGGCUUAGAUGCAGUCAUUGAAGCCGCCAUAUUUUCCUAUGCAUCCUGGUCCUGUUGCUUCGAUUUUCCGAUAAAUUAGUGCGGCCGUAGCUACGUUCUGCACUUGGGUUGUAACUAAGAAAACAUCAUGGUGACUACUUGUCCUCCUCAA